AUGGACCAAAUCAGCGAAUUACUCGCCACAGGCGAAGAAGUCCUCGAUGUCGAAGAGGAGUCAUUCCUCCUCUUCGCGCAAGACAUCCCAACCAACAAUCUGGGCAUGAUCGAUUCCCGCGCACAAUCAGUGGAGUUAACAAUCCACGGCAAUGAAUACACCAUCAAUCAAUCACCUGCUCUCCUCUCUGGUCACAGAGCCGGGGGUACUACAGGCGCCGUCCUCUGGAAAAUCACCCCCCUCUUCGCAGAAUGGAUAACCUCCCCAACAAACCCCCUUUGGACAACAACCCUCCUAAACAGUUCCUCAACAGUAGUCGAACUAGGCACCGGAAUCUCAGCCCUGGUAGCCCUAACCCUAGCCCCCUCCGUCAGCUACUACAUCGCCACAGACCAGGAAUACGUGCAGCGGUUAUUCCGCACGAACCUGGAAGCGAAUGUGUCCAUCUCAUCGUCCGCUGGAACUGGAACAGGGACAGGAAAUAGCAAAAGCAAAAGCAGCAAGGGGAAAGGAAGCAAGAUUUCCAAAUCAAAACAGUCCUCCACAGCCUCAAGUCCCAAAGUUGGAAAUACGUCCAAUAUCAGCUUCACGACUCUAGAUUGGGAAACUGAUCAACCGGGUUCAUUAAAGGAGGAAUGUAUUCCCUCUGGAAGAACACACUCUAACCAAGAUAGCCAAGACAAAAGAGAUGAAAGAGAUGAAGGAGAAGAAGACCGCGGCUUUGAUCUCCUCCUCUCGUGCGAUUGCAUCUACAACGAAGCCCUCGUCUCCCCAUUCGUGCGCACUUGCGCUGAAAUUUGUCGGCUGCGUCCGGUUUAUGAUCCAGCCAAGCAGAGACAGGGACAGGGACGCCGUCGACCGACUAUUUGUAUUAUUGCGCAGCAGCAGAGGUCGCCGGAUGUUUUUGAGACUUGGUUGAGGGAGACUAUGCGCGAGUUUAGGGUUUGGAGGCUUUCGGAUGAUGUUCUGGGGCAGGGAUUGAAGAGUGGGACUGGAUAUUUGGUUCAUUUGUUGAUGGUUAGAUGA